GCCAUGUUUCAGAAUAGUGUCUUUAUCUGUCAUGUAACUCUGAUGCUUUGGUAGUGGAUGAAUCAAUGAAUGCAUGCCAGCAUUAAGAACAUGAUAAUCUUUGACAUUAUCACCACCAAAUAUGAUGAGAACAUCCCAAAAUCGUCAGUUAUAACUGUAGAUAUAUCUUAUUUUUUGUGGUUUUGUUUGUUUGUUUAGUUACAUUUAAGACAUAAACAUCAUUUAUGAAUCAGAAAAAAAAUCUGGCCCACACACACAAUCAGCAGGAAAAAACUCCCAUCCCUUGUCUCAAAUGUUUUUUUUAAUUAAUUUGUUGGAAAGAGUUAUUGUGAUGGUUUACUUAUUCCAUGUUUCUCUUUGUUUUGUCAGUGCCUUUGCCACAUGGAGUAGCGAACACAACUUGCACAAGCACAUCCAAACCAACCACUACACCAGUGAAAGGAGCAGCCAGCAGCAGCCCAGCAGCAAGGCCCUCAACAUCAACACCAACCACACACACACUGAACGGAGCAGCCAGCAGCAGCCCAACAUCAAGGCCCCCAUCAACACCAACACCACGUACACCCAACGCUCCUACAGCGGGGGUCCUGCUGCGGGUCCUGGUGCUGCUGGGCUUCUCCGUCCUGACCCUGGUGGUUCUGCUCCGCCUCAUUGGCUGGUGGAGAACCAGAGGUAACAGGGCGGCAACCGACGAGUGCAUUGGUCUGAACUCUGCCAGCGACGCCCCGCCAGCCAGAGAACGCCUCGGCCCAGGGGCCAGUGACCAGCAGCAGCACACUGUGGAUAUGGACCUGGACUGGGCUCCCAGGGGCCCCUCUGUGGUCCAGCGUGGUGGGCAGAGGGCCGUAGGCUCAGCACAGGACCAAGUGGAUCCUGGUGAACUUAGAGAUGCUGCUACCUAUGAAAACCUGAGGGCCCCUCCCAGAUGUGCUGGGGACACUUCGGACACGGGCGUCCAUUUUGUCACCGUACACCAACUGUCAAAAUGACAAACGUCUGGACAACAUGUGAUGAAGCAGUUGGAAGCGGUCUGAGCUAGCUUAUUGUUGUUGUAUUCAGAUGCAUUAUAACCGACUGAACAAACUUUGUUUCCCUUGGUCCUUAAACAAGCAUUUAGGCCUACACAACAAGCAGUAGGUCUACACUCGGUAGUCCUUAACACCGGUUGGGCUGUACAUACAUGACAUGACAU